UUAAAGACGCAUUAUCCCACUAACGGUGGUACUUAAUAGUGACUAGUGCAGGGAUAAAGUCGUAUAUAGAGUGAAAAUGUGUUGGGCAGAAAAAUGUUGUUAUUUUAUACCUGCGAAUAUAGGGUGUGUGGUUUUAGGAGUCUGCAGCUUUUUCCUAUCAUCAUUACUGCUAGCUACCUCUAUAACAGUUUACGUGGUGGAAAUAGGCAAGGAGCAUGCUGGGCUGGUGAAGAAGCCUCUUAUAUCUGAGAUAUUGGUGAUAGACCUGAACGUGUCCUCGGUCAGGAUCAUACUGUGGACCCUGAUUAUCAUUGCUGUUAUGUGGAUGGUCUUCUCGGGUUUACUGGUCGUUGGCAUCGUAAAGAACAUUGCCAGUUUCGUGUUGUGUUACUUCGCUUUCUCCAUCUUUAUGAUCAUCUUAUGCCAGUUGUGUGGUCUCCUUGUGCUGCUGGCUAACAACUGGAAGCUAUCCAUAAUAUUGUUUGCGGCUUCCGCGAUAUACAUCCAUUUCAUAGUUGUCGUCCACACGGUUUACGACCUUAUGGUUAGUUUCCAUUGCCGAGAUCAAGACGAGGAACUGCUAGCUGACUGCUUUGACGAAGAUAAUAUAAGUAGGACCUUACCUUAGUUUUAUAUUCAUUUUAUUGAUGGUUUACGUGUUUGAUAUAAAGAACAAAUAUUUGUACUGUUUCGUGGUCUCGACGUCUACAUUAUUCUUAUUCAAAAUACCAAAAGCAACCCUGUAUAGAAAUACAGGGUUGCUUUUGGUAUUUUAGGUCUGUCAUAAUUUGUAGGCUCGUCUUGGCGGGGGCACUACCGUGGGGCCCCCAGACAUGACUCCCGCAUUACGGUAUUCAGACCUUUUGCGGGGUGUUUUAAAAACAUUUAAGUGACACGCUAGUUGUCUUUUAAUAUAGAAAUAAAACGAAGUCGUUAUUAACAAUGCUUUAAUAUUUUUUCUCAUAACAAUGUAUCAAUGACACGGCAAAUUGGAAUACGGUGGGCUGUACAAGAUUCAAUUUACAUAAGUACUUACUUAAGUUAAUUUUCAAUAAAAAGGUUUGUUUAGAUGAGGCGAAAAAUAUCGUGCGAUUGCGAUAUACUCGUAUAAGAUAUCACUCUUGGUAACUGUAGGGUUACUCAAGUGCUCUGUGGACUAGUUCAACUGAAGCCGGGCCAGUGGGAUUGUCCGAAAGGGUUUCCACAGCCCCAUUACAUAAGGGGAGGAGGAAGGAGCAUGGGUGUGUUUAGGUCAGUCAGUCAAAGAUUCCCUUUGACUUAGGCGAGGGAGUCUUUUGAUGAUUUCCCAUCCAAAAAAGGCUUAACCUCAACCAAACUCGAAUGGAUUUUACUAAUAAUUUGGGAUAAAUAUCUAGUACUUCAAAUAAAAAAUUACUGAGCCAAACUUGAUGAUGUGUCAAAUUUUAUUGGUCCAAAUGACAUCGAUUUCACGGUAAAUUAAAAAAAAAGCAUAAUAGGUUCAGCUAGUCUAGAGUUUUGAAGAAACAAACAUAACUCGAAAACAAAAUACAGAUGAAAUAAAAACCUUAUCCCUUCUGAAGUCGGUUGAAAAGUCGAGUCAAACCAGUUUUAGAAGAAAGCCUUCUGAACUCAGCUUCGACUACUGCAAUUCGCAUGUUAAUUCUCGCCUCAUGUAAACGAGCAUGAAUAUGAACAAGUAUUAUUGUCUUCUAAGGCCUUUGUACUACACUUAGUACUGUAUUAUAGGCUCUAGACAGAUGGACCGCGUUUCAACUGCAAUCCAACUGCAAAUUGCAGUUUGAAUGCAGUGGCCUCGACUGCAAUAGAAGCGCAACCAAACGCGCAGUCCGAUUGUACGUUGACUGCAGUUGAACUGCAAUUUGCAUUUUAAACCGCGAUAAAAUUCAUAAAAGUAGUUUCAUUUCAAUGCCUAACAUUCGCGUAAACCUAAAAAACCACUAUGCAAUUUGCAGUUGGAUUGCAGUUCAAAUGCGGUCUGUCUAGAGCAUUACUCCUACAAUUCUUAAUAAGUAUGCACGGUAUGCACUUUUGAAGCUCCAUAACGUAAUAUCCAUAACAUAACUUCAUUUUUUAUAAUACUGACCCUAUAAAAAUCUACACGAAUAAUACUAUAUUUUGAUAUAAAUAUACAACAAUCACGAAUAUAUUCUUUUUAUAAUUUGUUACUACUUAAUUCAACGAGAAAUCAUCAAUAAUUGUUUAAAAUAUUUUAAAUUUUAAUUUCGUAUACUGCAAGCAAAUAAUUAAGGAAUUAUGUAUUAAUUACUAAUUGAUUAUAACACUCUAGACAUCAAAGUGAUGUUGUCUUUUGUAUUGUAUCUUUACUUAAAAACUUAAAUAGAUAUAAUGAUUC